AUGUCAAGCUUUGAUAAAUUCCUCAAUCCCGCAUUCUGCGCAAAUAACAUAAACUUGCCAUGUCCCAACGAAACCUCCAAGGCUAACAAUGCUUGCGGCCGCUGCUACUUGGUUGUGUACUGCAGCAGAGAAUGCCAAAAAGAACAUUGGUCUACGCACAAAGAGGAUUGUAACAACACUCUUGCAAAGGGUACAUGGAAGCCAGACUGGCAUACUGAAGAUCGAGACCCAACUUUCAUCGAAACGGACCCAUCUGAACUGAAUUCAAAUGCCGACAAAAUUUCAUGGUGGGGAGGCAUGCCAGCAUUGGAUUUGCUGAAACUGGAUGGAAAUGAAAGCCAGGAUGCACCCUCCAAGAUGCGUCUUCUUCUCACAUCAUCACACGAUAUUCGAAACAUGGUCGAAACAGUCACUCGUUUGCCAGAUACGUAUUCGGGGCAAUGUGAGAUUAAUAUCGUCCUUGUUUUGACGGCUUUCCAUUUUCCACCAGAGGAAGCCACCCCUAUCAUGAUUCACUUAUGGUAUUCAGCAUUGAUACCCGCGUCUGUUCUCACAGCACUUCAAACUAAGCUCCUGCCGUUGAUUGAGGAAGUCUGCUCCGAAGCUGCACUGAAACGUCCCAAGCGGUUUUUCAGAUGGGCCUGGAAGAAGAACAAAUCAUCCUUACAACUCGAACUUCUGAAAGAUGAGUGGGAGCGUCUUCGAUACACUCUUCGGUUUCCUGGUCGUUUUUCUGCCUCCGAAGCUACCCGAAAUCGACAAGAUGUCGUGUUGGCAGACAAAAGAGUAGAUGCACUCCACAGGACUCUGCACGCACAACCGCGAUAUUGGCGUCUCUCCACGAUGAAGUUCCGCCGUGAUGGAAUAUUGUUGCCUUUCGGAUGCUCACACAGAGAGUUUGAUACUCCUAACCCGAUGCUUUUCUCUGCUAGUCGUUCUUGGCCUAUGCCAGACUCUGCAGAUCCGCGCAGCAGCUGGAACCUCCAGGAGGUAUGCACUGGAGCGUACACUGAGAAUUAUCCUGCGAAAAAUGAUCUGUACGGUAUGCUAUUCAUCCACCUCCGAGAGACUUUCUUGCGUUUCUGUCGCCAACUUACGAAGCGGAAUAUUACCAUUCGACUUAUUUCUGUCGAUUCACUGAGUCUACCGGGAUAUUUCAAAAAGCUAGAACAUCCAGGGACAUACAUCAAUGCAGAAAAAGACGUACUUGGGAUCGACAUCACCCUCGCCCUAAAUAUCCCGCUGCUGAAGCCAAAGACUCAAAACCCGAAGGCCAUGAUACUUGUCCUCUUUGUCUGUGACAUUGAGGAAAUGUCUAUUAUGGACACACUUGACAAGGACAUCGCUCGUGUUGCGAAAUACCUUCCUGAACCCGAGACAACGGAUUACAACGAUGCAGACCAAAUCAGAAGAAGGAGAUCCAGCUCUUUUGUCUGCAAUGUCAGUAGAUUGUUUGAUCUUUACAAAAAAGCCCAAGGCUUCGACAAACUCACGGACAAAUAUGGAUUGAAGAUGCGGGAAAAUAACACAAUCGUGGCCCACUGGCCAAUGCGACCUGGAAAGAACGCGCCCCAGGAGGUGUUUGAUAUCCUCGAGGGAUCCGGUGCCACUGGCUUCGAGCGGUACGUCGAGUGGGAAUGGGCAUGA